AUCACGUAAAGCCAUCGAACUACCGUUCAUCCGUGGUUCUGGAACCCCCAGGCUCAUACCAAGCCACACGAUUUAUAGGCAGAAUUCGAACAUGGGGAUUGCAUAUCCGGGCAGUUGAGCUCAACCGACCGUGCCUGCCUUACAAACUGACGCAUUUAGCUGUCUUGCAUUCCUGUAAGCAGUGGGUCCAUCCUAAUCGGAAGGUGUUCUUUACCAUCCGAUGCCGUCAUGGCGUCCCUCAUUAGCAAGGCUAGAAAGCCCAAGUUUCACCUCCAUCUCAAGAUCUACGAUCUCAACAACGUCCCCCUGAUCUCAGGGGGAUCCCUCGUCAAAUGGCAUCUCCCACAUUCCAUCCAUGGCGAGCACCGGAGCCGGACCCACAAGUGCCCCAUCACCAAUCACCGGGUUGAGUAUGGCUAUUGCAAGAUAGUCCCGCUCCGCAUCGUUAUCGACCGCGCCGGCAACCUAACCGAGUGCCCCAUCGAGUUUGAGGUGAUGCAGGAAUUCGGUAACGCCGGCGCGGGCGGCGGCGGCGGGAGUGGGCGAGACGAGAAGAUCACCCUCGGCACUGUCCGUCUCAAUCUGAGUGAGUACGUCGAGGAGAGCGAGGCCCUACUGCGUCCGGGUGCCGGGCCUGUCCGACCGAAUUCUAGUGGAUCCAUCGACAAGCCCGGCGGCCAUGCCCGCCAGCGUAGCUCUCUGAGCGGAAUCAGCAGUCUCGGUAGCAGUAUUGGGCUUGACAUUGGACGGAAGGCAUCCCACUCCUCUCAGGUCGCAGCCAGCGAGGACGCCACAGCCACCACCUCGGACGUUGAGGACGGGGUCAUACGACGCUACCUCAUGCAGGACAGCAAGAUCAACAGUACGCUGAAGAUCGGGAUCUUGAUGGUGCAGGUUGAAGGCGAGCGCAACUACGUCGCGCCCCCUCUCAAGACAGCGCCCGUCUUCGGCGGCAUCGCGGGGAUGAUGCCGGGGGAACCGCUCGAGCCGCCAGUCGACCGCGCGGGGGCGGGCUCUACCGAAGCCGGCGUGGACGGUGCGGCGCGGGUGGCGUCACUCAACAAGUCGCGCGACACACACGAAGUUCAGGACAUGUACCGGCGCGCCCUGGCCGCCAGUUGGGCGUGCCAGCCAGAUGAGCUGCCGGCUGACGAGUGCAUCGAGGACAUCUUCGCCGGGGGCAACGGCUUCCUGUCGAACGGCAGCCACGGUGUGGAACACGACCACGCAGCGCGGCACGAACCGAGCGGCGGCGGGGUGGCCAGAAGCUCUUCGGGGACGGGAAGGCGCUCCGCGCCGUCGUCGCGGUCGGCCACCGACCUGCGCCAACAGGCGGGCGGCAUCACCCCGUCGCGCGACGAUAGCGCGUCGGGCGCCGACGAGGACGUGGACGGGAUGAACACGCUGCGACCCCGCGACCUUGCCAAGUUGCGCCACCACUUCCGGGCACACAGCGGACCUAGCGACCGGGCGCCCGCCACCGCGUUUCCAGCGUUCGAGGACCCGGGGGCGACCGCCGGCGGCGGCGGCGCCAGCGGCGGGGCGAUGACCGGUCUGGGGGUCGUGGAGCCGCGCCACAUCCAGACCCGAAGUCAUCAGGAGCGGCGGGACGUGGGCAAGGAUGAGGGUGCUGGGAGGAAUCGGAGCGGGAGUCUUGCGAGCUUGGCUACGACCACAGGGAGUAGUAGUGACAGAGGGAGGGACGGAUUCAAGCGCCCGAGGGGGGUGGAAGAGUACGAGGUGCGGGAAGACAUGGUUGCGUGGAGUUUGCCGGCGGCAGUCUCAUGAUUUGGAUGGGGUUUGGUUUAUGGCGUCUGGCGUCGUAGGUCGAAGGGAGCGAGCGGUUGUUGUUUAUAACAAUUAGAAGGCUUCUACACUAGCAACAAUGUUUCAUUGCCCGACUUUCAAGUGGAUCAUUCUGGAUACAGACAGACAGGCUUAUAGGCACUACCGGCUCUAUACUUGGGACCACCUCGGCUCUAUAUAUAAUUAAGCUAGGUGUAUCUACCGAGGAAACCUUUUUUGAC